AACAAACGCACGCGGUACCCUCAUACUUCCUGGCAGGCACCGGGGUGGAACAUCCUCCAACCUCCUCUGCUUGGUGACUGGUCGGCGGCUGCGGGUGGAACGCAGCACUGAAGUCUGACACUGACGCGCUCGCGGCGAUGCAGUGGCGGCAUCCAACGAACGACGUCCGACAUGGGUUAUCUUGUUCAAACUUCGCUGGAGCCCCAGGAGACCACGGAGACCUAGCCCAGGCCCCAACUUGCAAGUCACGUACUCGCUCUCCAAAUCCUGGAUGCUUGUCUCCCAAUGGAGGCUGGAGCAAUCAGCCAAUUGAACCCGUGCCGGGGACUUGGUUGGAUAUGGAGGGGAUAAGGAACACAUGCUUGAUGGAAGGCUGUUCUUUGUCAUUUUCAACACCACAACCACCAAACCAUAUGAUCCCGGACCAUGCCUGCCACAUGCACCUUGGUUCUUUUACCUGGCGUUUACCACCUGAAGCUUGGAACAAGACAUUGUAUACAUUGGUAUGUGAGGAUCCCCUGGGAGUCAGCCCAGUUCCACGCUCCAGCAGCGUGUCACAUUGCGGUGUACGAAUACAACAGCUGAAUGGUCCAAAGUACGAUGCAGGGACCCAACGACGCAAAAAAAUCUCCGUAGCGCCGACGGCGUCGCCGGUACCUCGAAUCGCACCGCAGAGACGGUGUCUACUUGUCGUGGACUCGUGUCUAUCCCACACAUUCCCGAAGACCCGACAUCCGCUUCAAUGAAUACGUCCGGCCUCAACUGCCCCAAUCUCCCAGCCCUCGUAGCUUCGUAGGACGGUAGGAAGACCGAAGGUGCCCAUGAUGCGCUCUUACUUUCGCACCGAAUGCGAUUCAAACUCCAACUUCAGGACGACGGGAGGCUACAUGCCCAGGCGAACCCAGCCGGCCGACCCAACAAAUAGGUUACCGUCUCCGAGUCGCGCCGCGCCAAGUAUCGCGGCGGUGUUGAGCGCUACACGGCCAACAUCCGUUGUUGGGAGGAAGCCCGAUGGCUACCAAACCCUCGGGUGCAAUCUCAACAUACAUCCAUCUUCCUUUUUGACAUCUUAGGGUCUGCUCGUUGAUAUUCUCACUUGCUGGGUCUUCAUGGGUCUGUGUUGGUCUCG